AUGCAUCAACCCCAACUUGCACCACACACCGCACUCCCUAGUACAUUCCUCGCCCUCCUCCUCACUACCCUCGCCCUCACCUUCGUCAUGCCCACCCCACCAACCUCAAUCACCAAGACAGUAGUCAUUUUCCUCGCCAUCCUCGCCGCAACACUCACAGGCGCUCGCUACAUCAUCACCAGUCCCGCCGAGCCUGAAAACGACGCGGAGUUCGACUUCAAAGAUGCGAUUAGACGGAGACGAGAGCGCGGCGUGUUGGAUGAGAAGAGGUUCAAGGGGGUCUUUGGGUGGGGGGAUGAGAGGAGGUUGAAGAGGAAGGGUGGGAAGAGGGAAGAUGGCGGGGAGGAGAAGAGGGAGGAGAGGAAGGCGAGGGCGGAGCGGAGGAGGGAGAAGGAGGUUAGGAGGGCGUUGAAGAGGGAGUUUUGGCCGACGAGGGGGCAGAUGUUGGGGGCGAGUAGGGAGGUGGAGGAGGGGGUGGUGGAGGAAGAUGGGGACGAAGAGUAG